ACUGCUACCUUGAACACUAUGCACAACACAGACCCCCCGUCGACCUGACCCGUGUCAGAUAGAGCUUCCGAAUCCCAGCACCCAACUCAAACCACUUCAAUUGGCGUCGCCUAUGGAGUAGCUCAUCAAUGCUGGCCUUUCUCUGUUCAACGUAUCUACCAUUGUGGGGAAUUGGCCAACAACGAGGUCGGAGGCCCAUCGCAAUAUCCCGUCGCUACGACGAGACGCACUCUAUUACAUCACCAACGUUCAAUGCCAUUCGGGACAUUCGUUACAUGUCUCACUCAGGGCCGAAGGAACGGACGUUGCUGCACAUAUCGACCUAUUCAUCGGGCCUGUCACUUCAAUUCGCUCCUUUGCCACACCCGUUGGACUUACCCAUCCCGGUCUGGCCUACCUUCUGGACCCCAGAUAUCAGUUCCUCGUCAAUGCCCCUGGGAAAACCCAUCCGAUGGCAGCCCAAUGACACGGGCAGACGGGACAGCCUUGCUAUUGCACCUUCAUCGGCCGCUAAUCAGGUUCACACUCGUCCACCAUGCAACCUCACCGGCCGCUUCCCCGUGCAUGACUGAAGUACGGAUUAAGGUAUGGCUGCAUACUGAGAGCAUGGUUCAACCCACGGCCGCCUCAUUCAUUGAGCGUCGCUUAGAGCAAUUUUUCAAGCUGAUGCACAAGCUUCAGGUACGUAACGUGCCCUCCACUCUCUUCCUCACCAUCACGAUGCUACCCCGGAACGGGUGGUCAAUUCCCCCGCCGCAACCACCAUGUUCGCCGUGCCUCAACUAUCUUGCCGGCUAGUUGCCUGUUGGGUAAGCUCGUUUUCCGGGUCGUCAGGCACCUACAUGACAGAUUUUCGACCAUUUUGGCAUGUGUGCUGUCUGACACCUCGUUUGCAUUCGUGCUACCUCCCAAGGUAUCGAACGAAAAUCCAAU